AUGGCAGAGGGAUCAAAGGUUUUCAAGAAGACCAGCCCCAACAGCAAGCUUUCCCUCUACCUGGGGAAGAGAGACUAUGUGGAUAAUGUGGAUUCAGUGGAAUCUGUAGAUGGUGUCUGCCUGGUCGAUCCAGAGUACUUAAAGGACAGGAAAGUGUAUGUGACGCUGACCUGCGCCUUCCGCUAUGGCCGUGAUGACCUUGACGUGAUCGGCCUGACCUUCAGGAAGGACAUCUAUGUGCAGACCACCCAGCUGUACCCGCCUGUGCCAGAACAGGCCCCCAAAACCCUCACUCCUCUGCAGGAGAAGCUGAUGAAGAAGCUUGGGGAGAAUGCUUACCCCUUCACCUUUGAGAUUGCCACCAACCUGCCCUGCUCCAUCACCCUCCAGCCCGGGCCAGAUGAUGUGGGAAAGGCCUGUGGCGUGGACUUCGAGGUCAAAGGAUUUUGUGCUGAAAAUCUGGAGGAGAAAAUUCACAAGAGGAACUCCGUGCGCCUCAUCAUCCGCAAGGUCCAGUUCGCCCCGGUGCAGACGGGGCCGGCCCCGAGAGCCGAGACCACCCGGCAGUUCAUGAUGUCAGACAAGCCUCUGCACCUCGAAGCUUCCCUGGAUAGGGAGAUCUACUACCACGGAGACCCCAUCUAUGUGACCAUCAACAUCAACAACACCACCAACAAGGUUGUGAAAAAAAUUAAGAUCUCAGUGGAUCAGAUCACAGACGUGGUCCUGUAUUCCCUGGAUAAAUACACGAAGACUGUGUGCACCGAGGAGAUAAAUGAGACUGUGGCCGCCAAUUCCACCUUCUCCAAAACAUACUCAGUGACCCCCCUGCUCUCGGCUAACCGCCAGAAGCGAGGCCUCGCUCUUGAUGGCAAACUCAAGCAUGAGGACACCAACCUGGCCUCCACCACCAUCCUGAGGCCUGGCAUGGACAAGGAGGUGCUGGGCAUCCUGGUGUCCUACAAAGUGAAGAUCAACCUGGUGGUGUCCCGAGGAGGCAUCCUGGGGGAUCUCACUGCCAGUGAUGUUGGGGUGGAGAUGCCUGUCGUCCUCAUGCACCCAAAGCCUGAUGACUCUAAGCCAAGGAGCGAGGAGGACAUUGUCAUCGAGGAAUUUGCUCGCCAGAAGCUCAAGGGAGAGAAGGAUGAUGAAGAUGAGAAGGAGGAAGCUGAGAAAGAGGAGAGCUAAGCUGCAGGCCCCCAACGACCCAGUUUGGGACGCAGCCACCUGUGGUGUCCCCAUUGUGCCACACCUGGCA